CAGGAACACACACACACACACUGAGCUGCUGGGAGUUUCAGCGCUGCUUGCAAGAACGUAGAAUUGGAGUGCCGGGACUGGGGGCUGCGCUGCUCCAUUGCACUUUCUCUCUCUCCUUUUCUCUCUCCUAUCUCUCUCUCUCCCUGUCCUCUGGGUCUAAACGUCCAGCACAGGAACUGCAGCGGCAGAUAUGAACCUCUCACUUUCCCAGACUUCACAAGCAUGUAGAUCACAAAAAUGACAUGAACAUUCCAUCAUCAGGGAAAUGAAGAAAUAAGAGAGAGGGAAUAAUCCUGUACAUCAAGCUUCUGUUCCUGCAGGUCUGUUGAUUCUGACUGAAACACAAUGUGUCCAUGUCACAGCCUGUGCAGAUAAGGACCAGUGUGCUGAACUAGCCACAUUGGCAUCAUGACUGAAGAGACUAAACAGUCCUUGGCUGCCAAAGAGCUGGAUAAUGAGUCCAAAAAACAGGAUAAGGGGGCUGUGGAGCACAAAAGCUUAAUAGAGUCCCCUGAGCACUUUCAAAAUGUGAGUCUGGAGCCACAGGCUGUGAACAAUAUUGCUAAGUUUGCAGAAAAAGAGAGGGACAACACGCAGCAACGUGAGGCUGUAAUUCGCCCACAGCAGGCUGGAAAGAUUGAUUUUAAGUCACUGCAGAAUCAUUCGUUCAAUAGCAACAGGACAUGGCCCAGCGGCAAGGACAGCCCUCAGUCGCCAAGUGGAAAGAGUCGCAAUAGAGACAAGAGUAGAAAGCCAGGGAAAGAGCGUGGCAACCCACAGCAGUUGUACAGAUUGAGUAUUACUAAUCCACGCUCAAAUCCCACAAUUGGGAUAGCCUAUCCCCAGCAGAAAGUCUCACCUCCAAAGAAGCUUGAGUCCAACAGAGGUCCUGUCUCAGGCAGCUACCGCUUCUAUGUGCCAAAUAUUCCAGAGCGAGAGGCCGAACUGCAACAGGAAGAACUACAGUUCAGGUGCUUCCAUGAGGGCUCACCUAACCUUACUUCCCAAAGUUAUACCUCACAGGCUGUUGGUGCCACCUCUGUAGGACCUGCUCACCAGAACCCACCAUCUACUCCGCAAAAGAAGCCCAGCCCAAUCGAGAGCAACAGUAUACAACCUGCCAAUGAAACUUUAUUCCCUGACUUUCAGCUGAGUAAAACAGACACGUGGCAGUCUCCAGAUAGGACUUUCAGAAACACUAAUUUUUCCCUUACUUCACAAAAGCCAAACAACCUUGGGGACUUGAACAAGACCAAUGGAAGUUUUAUGCCUAUGCCAUUUCAGUAUGGAUACCCAUUGUUAGAGGAGUCAUCCUCUGAUUCCUUUCCCAGUGAUCGGAAUACACAGCCUCAAGACUACAAUGAUAUUUCUCUUGCUUCUAACCAGGUUUCCCAUAAUUCAUUCUCCUUUCCAUCCUCUUCAGAGGGCCAUGAGGCCAUGCAAACUAGUGCACAGUUUGGUAAUGACCAGGUAGAGGACAGGCAAUCAUACCAGUUACACCAUAAACCACCCCAGUACAUGCAGACACCACAUGGUAUGUCAUCUUCUGUUCCCAGCAAUGACGAGAGCUCAGCAUCAAGUACUCUGCUAACAGAGCAGAGUAAGAGUGUUUCAGAUAAAUCUGAGUCUUUUAGUCCAAUAGACAGCAGUGACACAGGUUUUGCAAUAGUGGGCAAGAGAGGCUGCCAUCUUAAAAAUGGCACUCCCAGCCAAAGAGUUCUUAUUCAAGGCAGUGUUCAUCAUAUUAGAAAUAUUGCACAAGGUUCAAGUUCACAAGUACAUGUAAUUAGCCCCCCACAUAAUGGUAUUCACAUCAGCCCAGGGCCUCUUGACCAAAGUGCCAGUAAACACCACGGCAAGGUAUCACACUCAUGGGAAGGCACAAACAAAACAUUUCCACCACCACUCAUAGACCAGACCCCCACGCCUUACCCCUUUCAGUACCAACCUGCACCAGAACAAAGACAAAACACUGGCAUUAAUGGCCGUAUGCCUUGGCAGCAGAUACGCUUCACAACUGCAAUGCCUAACCAAAAUAGGAUUGAUCUCUCCAGGCAGUUGAGCAAUCAGCAGCUUACUUUUUUGAUAGGCCCAUCAGACUGGCAAGAUGACAAUAAGCCACACAAAAACAUCAACCAUAAAGAUUCUAACAACUUUCUCAACAAAAAGAAAAAUAAUGGCUUCUCAAACCAAAAGCAGGACAGUGUCAAGCAAGGCUGCAACACAAUUCCACAGAGUCAUUUUACAAAUAAGCUGGAUACAAAUCAAGGCCAGGUGGGUGAUGGCAAUAAUAAGUCAUUAUACUUUGGUAUUAACCACCCAGUGCCAGUUACAUCAAGAAACUUUAGCUACAAUCCAUUACAUGUAGCAUCCUUAGGGCUGAAGAUGGUGUCACCAUAUGACUCUCCUUCACGUUCACCCACUCAAAAUCCAGCAUCUAGCAGUACGUGUUCAUCACUCUCCCCAGCCUCUACAAACUCUGUCAACAGUAACUCUGAUGACAGCCAAAUUUCAAAGGUUCUAUCCCCUCAGUUUUUUCAGCAGCAACAGGAUAAAGUAUUGAUAUCAUCUAAUAACAUGAACACUAACCAGCAUCUCUACCAUUCAGAUGCUUCCAGAGACUUGCACUAUAAACAAGAAAGAGCCAAAGAAAACACGGCAAGUUUCAUGCCACAUAACAGGCAUUCAAAGUCCAACAUGGACAAUGGAAAAGGUUGUUUGGAGACCUACAGAACAGAAAACCAUCCCCCACCUCCAUACUCUGCCCACCAACUCGCCACAUCAUUAGUCUCAGCAAACCUUGACCAACUGGAUGUGCUUCUGACAUGCAAGCAAUGUGAUCAGAAUUUUAAUAACCUUGUCUCUUUUCUUGACCAUAAGCAAUACUGUGGACAGCAUACAUUUGUACAAAAUGACUUAAAAGAUGUGCCAAAAGUGGAAGAAAUAAGGAAGUUUCAGACGGACCACACAAAAGCCAUGUCAUCUGGAUCCAGUUAUGCAAUUUUGCGAAGUUCUUCAGAUUUGCAUCUGUCUCUGCUUGGACUGAACAAGAAUGGGGAAAUAGUGCCAGAUAAUGAAACCAAAGGAGAUUUAAAAGAUGAUUCAAUGAAACUGAUGCUACCAUCUGCACCCUUGCCAGAUUUAGAAAUGGAAGAUCCCAAAUUGGAUAGCCUUAUCACAGAGGCUUUGAAUGGACUAGGCUAUCAGUCAGACAACGCAGAAAUUGAUAGCAGCUUUAUUGAUGCAUUUGUUGAUGAUGACCUCACCACUACUAAAUGUACAUCAACAAGACAGGCUUUGACUACCAAAGACUCCACGAUAUUUGAAGAUAGAACUAACAAUGAAUCAACAUCUAGUGAGAGAUCUCAAGCUCACUGCAAAUAUCCUUUUGACUCAGACUUAGACGGCCUUAGUUUAGACAGCAAACACACAGAUAUCCCUUACAAAGAAAGCCAACACGAGUUGAUACAAAAGGAAGGCCUUAAAGCAGAAUCCUCUCCAACCGAGUCCCAGCCACAGGAGUCAAAUUGCACACAAAUGGAGUGGGAAGCAAGAAAGUCAGAACAAACAGAACACAAAAAUGAUUACAGUUCUAAGUUUCUUUUAUCAAGCAAUUUUUCUGCAAGAUGUGGGCUUAAAAGCCUGCAAAGCAGCACAGCUUUAGUUAAAACAACAUGUCCCAGAUCCACCUGUGCCAACAAAAGUCCAACGGCUCAGAAACCAAUAGCAACAGAAGGAAAAAGGAAAAGGACAGGUGGUGGAAGCUGGAGUAAAGAGCUUAUUCACAAAAUUGUUCAACAAAAGAACAAGUUGCAUAAACUCCAUGUAAAGGGCACUAAAAACAUGCAGUUUUCACUUGUGAUGGAGAGAGUGACUCCCACAGUGCAGAACCCUACUUUCAGGGAAUAUGAUUACGUUUCUGACUCAGAUGACGACUGUGAACCCGUAAAGAUAGCCAGUCAGGGACGUCUCAGCCAGAGCAUUCGCUGCAAGUACACAUACACUAAAGAGUGUAAGGGGAGGAUUUGUGCUGACAAGAGCCGGGAAAGUUCAUGGAAACAAAACAAAAAUGAGUCCUUUGAUCCCAAGAAAGAUUUUGAUGUCUCUCCAUCCUUGAUGAAAGACAACCGUGGUCACAAAAGGCUACGAAGACGGAGCAGUAGGUCUUCCACAAGCAGUGAACUCAGCACAUCAAUAAGUAUUUGUAGCGAUAGCAUUGGCAGCCCAAAAAGUAUUGAUCAUACAGAUUCAGACUCUGAGAAAAGAACAGAAGUACAGAGGAAAGAUCAAGACACGCUUGAGCAGAAUGUGUACAGGGAAUCCCCACCAAGGAUACGGAAAGAGUCUAGCACAUCACUUGCUUUGACCUUCACAAAAAAUACAAAAAGGUACAGCACUGAUAAGAUACUACUCACUGAGCAAAAGGACCAAUUCACUACUUCAAAAUGUUCAAGCAUUAUCUGUAAGACUGAAGAGACUGCAUCUGAGCGUACAAUGACUAAAAGUACUGUCAGCCUCGCAAGAUUCAAAACCACCACAGUGGAAAUAGAGGGAAAAGAGGACCACUAUGGUUUUGAGGCAGGAAUUCUUGCAACCACGGAAGAGCCAUUCAAAAAAGAUUACCCAAAAAAUAUCACAUCACCAAGAGGGUCAGGCAUAACACUGAGUCCAAUGGAAACGACAAACAAUAAAGAUUCUAACCAUGUUUUUACACUCACAAAAGAUGCUGUUGCAUCAAAGGGUAAAUCCCACAAGAGAACAAACAGUUCUGAAUUUUCAGUACCCAUUUUUGAGAAAGCCAUCAAUAACAACACAUCAAGUGAAGAAGCCAACAGAAACUCAAAUUAUCUAUUCUCUGAACCCCCACCUUUUUGCCCUUCACUUGUGGACAAAGUCUGCUUAUCACCUUCAAAAGUCCAUGAUGCAGCUCAAAAGGAUGUGCAAUGUCUCAUUCCCUAUCCUUCGGAACAUGAUCAAAGUCUUAUAAAAUCACCUCUUUCUUUUGACACAACGUCAAUGUUUGGUGACCUUUCUGUGGGAGGUUUUGAGAACAAUCUUUAUCCAGAUAUUCAGCUUGCUAAAGAGAGCUUCAGUCCUCUGGAAACCACAACAGAUAAGAAGGAACUUUUUGAGUCGUCAUUCUCAGAACAGAGAGACUGGAAUCAGAUGGUUAAUGUUAGUCCUGUGCUACCAGAUGAGAUUUCUCAGUACAAAGAAUACUCUGACUCAAAUGAGAAUAAGACCAAUUUUAACUAUGUCCCAUUUGCUUUGUCAGAGAAAUUAACGGACUACACUCCUAAUCUCAACAACGUGUCAGUUGAUGAUCUGGAAAUAAAAAGAAUUGUUACAGAGCUUGAGAGUCAGCUGCAAACAGCCAAGCUCAGCAGCCCUCCACCAUUAGACAGUGAGCUAACAAAACAGCUUACCAUGAGCAAAUUCUCUCCACUGAGACUUGACCCUGAAAGUGAAGAUGAGGGCAGUAGCUUGCAGAUAAACUGUUCCUCAGAGAACCUGGAUAUUGCCAGACCAGUAGACUCAAAUUCAGCACUGUUCUCAGAACCUGACUUACCAUGGUCUAGUCCACUCUCAUUUGGAUUGAUGUGUGGACAGCAAGGUCUUCAUACACCAACACAUUCAUCUACUAUCAACACGCCAACUGAUUCAGGACAUGAACAUUUGGAUAUAAAGGGCAGCAUGGGGCUCACUGAUUUGAACACAGAAAACAGUUCACCUCUGCACGAAGACAUAAAAACAGAAAAUAAUGAGUGCUUGGACAAGUCAGAAGAGAUGCUUGAACAUGAAAUCUACACAGAAAAUCUGAUGAAGAGCCUGGAAGUAAUCUCAGAUUCUUUGUCUUCAGGUUUUACAUCACCUCAGUCAUCUCCUAAUCAAGAGUGUGUGGUUCCUGAGGAACAUGAAAAACAAGACAAUGAAUACUCAGAAGACAUUGAGUCUGAAUAUGUUGAAUUUAGAAACACAGAAGCAGAGCUCACAAAGUUCUCAGUGGAGACAAAUGCAUUUUCAGAUAAACUAGAAGAGAAAACCAGUGGCAUUUCAGAGUCAGAAAAUGAAACCAAAGCCAGCCUAAAUGAGACUAGUAAUGACACACUUCAUGAUGAAGAUUUAAUAGCUAAUGAACAACAGCUUGCUGAGAGCUCCUUUAAGAGUCCACAAACUGGAUGCUGUGUGAACUCAAAUGAAAUUGACUCAGUGAAGUCUUCAGUCUCUAGAUAUGAACACAACCAUGAGUCAUCUGUCAGCCAAACCGAGAAUGCUGAGUGUGAUACACAGUUUGACUUGAAAGACUCAUUGUAUAUUACCAAUAGUCCAGACUUCUCCAAAAUAUCACACUUUUCAACAUACCCAGCCAUACCAAAAGACAAAAACAUGCUGUGUGUUGAAAAAACACAGAAAUGUGAUGACGAUUCAGCUCUAAUUGCACAGCCAGAACUAAUUUCUAAAGGCAACAGGCAGGCAUCUGACAAAACAGGUGGAACAACAGACUGUCCUUCUGAUACAAACAUCCAACCACCCCUUUCAAACAUCAAGUCUCCUCUUGGUCAAGCCAAUUUGUCAAUCCAUUCACAAUUAAAUAAUAGACAAAGGGUGGCUUCUCCUAAACUUCUUCCUGUAGUUCAAGAUGAACAUGACUGUACAGAGUGUGUGGAGAGAGCCAUGCCUGAUAUGACAUUUCCUGUGCAAUCAGAAUGUGAAGAAAAUCAACAGAAGAACAUUGAGCAAAGUCCUCAACUUUAUACUGUGACUCAAGCACCACAGUUUUCUCACAACUCUAUCCAAAGCCCUUGUGAACUGAGAGAUAAUGGUUCACUACCAGGCACAGUUACCCCUGCACUGAGCAAAAACAGACAAGACCUGGAAGAUGACAACUUAGAUCACAAAAAUAUUGGCGGGUCAGUAGAUACUUAUGAAUUAUCUAAUUCUGGUGUUGCUGAAUCAGUUGUUCCCCAUCAGGAUUUAGUAAAAAUCACAGAGAGUAAAAUUUCUAACUCUGGAACACUGUUAGCUGUGGAGGACAUCAUCUCAAAACAAAUUUUUGGUGAGACUUCUCUGCAUUCUAGGCCAUUGGAUGGCUCUCAGGAUACAGGUGCACUGUAUGAUUUGAAACUCAGCCCCCUGAAUUACAGUGAAACAUGCUUCAAUGACUACAACUUCACCUCUAAAUGUUUAAACAAAGGAAAUGACCAGUCUGAUGUAAAAUCAAACUCCGCAGACAAUUACAUUCUCAAUGCCUGUGCUUUCUCUCUUGAUAAACCUUUGUCAUCCAGCCUACCGUAUAAUGCAAAUGAACCAGAGCCAAAUAUCCAGGGCCAUCUGAUUGGACUUGAUAUAGCCGAAAACUCUAUAAAUGAAAACAUCCAAAAUGAUAUAAAACAUUCAAAUGUAUCAGCUUCCUGCAGUAAUUAUGUUGAGGAUGUCACUACAAUUGACUCUGAACAAGUCUCAAACCUUAACCAGAGUUACAUGAAUGGUACUCAUGUUAAUGGUACUCAUGUUCCACAUGAAACUGUUGAUUACAUGGAUCUGCAACUCACACUUCUCAAGAAAGUAGAUUCUGAGAAGAUAGACAAUCAGAUGAUCACCAAUGAGCAUGAUGCAAUGCAGAGGUCCACCAUGUUAGAUGUGAAGGAGACAUCUAAACCUCUGAUACCUUGUGAAAAAGCAGAAUCUGUGGGUCUUGCAUGCACAUCUGUCCAAAAUGAAGGACAGAGUCUAAGGUCAAGUGAGACAAAAUCCUCACCUAAAAAGGGUGGUACACAGAAUGCAAUUCAUGGAAAAUUUCAGUGUGAAAUAUGUGCAAUGUUCUUUCGUACACAUCCUGGACUUAAAAGACAUAAAGCCAUGAAGCAUGUAGUAAAGACUGAAGGGAUUUCGCCCAUUGAACAUGUAAAUAUGAGUAGUCAAUUGUCUAAGCCCAUUUAUAAUAUGUCACACCCAACAGAAAAAGCACUGAAAGAUAGCAUGGAUGUUAUGGGUCCAGCAGUUCUUUCACAUUUAAACAGAAAUGAAAUCUCAGAUGGACAAGGACAGAAAACAGAUGCACAUUUGAUCUUCGAAGGGAUUCCAAGUGAUUCUGAUAUGCCAAAGAUCCCAGAAAGUUGUGAUACUGAUCAGACAACUCUUGUUAAUGAAAGGGAAAAUAACGGUAUCAAUACCAUGGACACACGCAGUGAAAUGUUUUCUCCAAAAUUGGCAAAGCAAGACACUUUUUCAGAUGAAAUACUCAGUACUCUUAAAACAGAUAUUUUGCAGGCUAUAUGUCUAGAUUCCCCCUCAAUGGUGCAACAAAACUCUCCUAAGUCACCUGAAAAACAGAUUCCGGGUAGCAGUAACAGCUAUCAUGAAGUCAAUGUGAGAGAGGAACUGAAGAGCAUGGUAACUAUCAGCACUGAAGAGCAAAAGGAAGAAACAAUUUCUACCACAGAGACUUCGAAUUUACAUAAGAAAGGUGACACAUAUGACAUUGACGAUGUUGUAAAGCAUUGUGAAAACCCAAAAUAUGUUCAGACAGAGGAUAUCCACUAUCCACUUGGUGAUUCUUCUGUGGAUAUUAAGCGUGAGAACACCUCUUCUCCCACAGAAGACAGUCACAUGCUUACUGGUACUUUAGGAAUGGGACCUGAUCUUAAGGCUUUCUUUGAUGAUGAAAAUACUUUUUCUCAGUUAUUCCCAAGAAAUGAUGACAGGAAAAGAAAGAAAUGUGCAAGGGUCUAUGGUAAAAGCAACAAAAAGCAAAAACAACUGUCCUGUUUAGUUUUAGACUGUCCUAGCACUGGUGCCUUUAUUGACAAGUAUGUAGAGUCUAAAGAAAACAAGUUGGGACACAUGUUCACCAACGGCGCAAAUGACCCUUGUGAAUAUGAAACCAUAUCAAUCGACAAUGAUAAUAUGCAUGCGAUGACUCCCAAAAGCUUAGUCAACAGCUCUAUAGAGAACGCUUGUCAUUCAAAAGAUGGCUUAAUGGAUCACCAGGCUGGUUACGAGGAAAAUGCAGAAACUGGCAUUAAAGAAUUCUUAUGUGAGAAUGAGGGCACAAUUAGACAAUCCUUAAAACACCAGGAUGAUGCACAUGAUUGCGCUGUGCCAGAAAAUACAGUGUCAUCAGUUCCUCAGGAAGAUUGUAAACCAGAGGUUCCUGAUACAGCUUGCCCACUCCAACUAGUCUGUGUUCAAGAAAAUGCCUCUUGUUCACCAAGCAUUGAGAUACCAAACCAUGACACUACAAUUCAGAUUCCUGUACCCUUUUUUGAGCCUGAGAAAGAUAUUCCUUUGGUUGCGACAAUUGCAAGCACAGAACUGAAAGACCCUGUAAGACCUUGCAAAAAGCCUAUGGAGCGGAAGUGUAGGAAACGCGUAGAACCGGGACUCAAACCAAAGGAUAAGCAGUACAAAUGCAAGGUGUGUUUCACAUGGUUUCUCACCUUAGGUGAGCUCGACUUCCACAAGCUCUCUCACAAUCCAUCACCUCCCCCAACUUGCUAUAUGUGUGUCCAGCGCAAGUUUACCUCCCGGGAACAGCUUAGGGACCAUCUCAGGGAGAAACACGCCAAAAACAAAGCAGGUGUUUGGACUUGUGGGAUGUGUUUGAAAGAAAUUUCAGAUGUCUGGAUGUACAAUGAACACUUGCGUGAGCAUGCCACACAGUUUGCCCGAAGAGGGCAGUCUCAGAGUUCCCUCUUGGAUAUGCCUGGGUGUUUCAUGCAAGAAAAUGCUGUGAAGAACUUCAUAUCUUCAAUAAUGCAGCAUCGGCACAGCAGACCUGCAAGAGACAAUGUUAAACCAUCAUCUAAGGAAGAGAGAAGAACAUCUUUUGAUGUUAAUGGACAAGACCCAAAGGUUCCAGAGGAGUCUUCCACAAUUCUGAAGACUAAAACGAGUAUUGGGGGAGGAAAUAAGCACUGCGCACUGACAACGCUUGAGGUUCUACCUAAAGCAGAGACUUCUAAAAAUGCUGAGAUGCAUCCUAACUGCAAGGACCCUUCAAGGGACUGUCACCACUGUGGCAAGCAGUUUCCAAAGCCUUUCAAGCUCCAGCGCCAUUUAGUGGUCCACAGCUUGCAAAAGAUUUAUCUUUGCCACAAAUGCCCAGUAUCCUACCAAGAGACAAAGGAGCUUAAAGACCACCUUAAAAAUGAACAUGACGAGACGAAUGAGCCAGACUCAAAGCACACCACACUAUAUACUUGUGAACUCUGUGCUGAUGUCAUGCAUGUAAUCAAGAAGUCGUUCAUCUGCAGUACCUGCAACUACACUUUUUCAAAAAAGGAACAGUUUGAUCGUCACAUGGAGAAACACCUAACUGGAGGGAACAAGAUCUUCAAGUUCAGGGGAGUUGUGAGACCUUGCAAGCCUUUUUAUUCAAAAGAUGAUAAAUCUGACACACCACCAAGCAAAAAAAGGAAAGUAACUGAGAGCAGCUUAGACAUCACAGUGUCACAUAUGCAAGGCAUCAAAUCAGUGUUGCCCAUCAUAGAUAACACUGUAAAGAACAUUACUGAGGAACAUUCAACGCAAACAAACAAUACCAGUGUGAAAAUUGAAGAUGAGGCUGAGGACUUCCCUGCAAGGGAUAUUAUUGAGUGUAUAGUGCAAACAGAUUCUGCGGAACAGAGUCUUCCAUCAACAGAGCCGAAGGAAGAAAAUGAAAGCUCUUCUCCAUCUUAUGAAAUGCAAGCAGAUGAUCCCAGGGAAGUCAUUGCAACAGACAAAGGAGCUCUGACAGAGAUUUGUGAUGUUAAAAUAGAAGAUGACAGUUGCACCAUUCCAACAACAUUGUUAGUUUCCGAGAUUGACAUUUUGAGCAUUACCAAACUUAACGAAGACACGGUGGAGACAAACCCUUCAUUAAGUCUUGAAAAUGCAAGUGAACAAGGGGAAAUAAGGCACUCAAGUCAAUGCACCUUUCAAUUGUGUGGUCAAACAGACAUAAAUAUACCAAAACAAGGCAUGCAAGGGUCUUGUAAUGACUUUGAACUCUCAUCUGUGAAGCAGGAUCAAAAUAAACAAGAUUUUCUGACUCAUCACAGUGAACAGCUGACUACUUCUCUGACUAAGCACAUAACUAUGGUCAAAUCUGAGGAAACUAUGAAACAAAGUCUUGAAAAUAACCUUAGUACCACUGAUUCUGCACAUCACACCAACAGCUCUAAUACAUGUGAAGACAAGGAUUCAACCAAGCAACAGAAGAAGAGGAAAGAUCUUAAGACACCUCACAGCUCUCAGAGAACGCAAUCUCCAACUGCAAGGGAAAAUUUGGGGAUUGACCCAAGGGCCAAAAAGAAGUUCAGACCCAGCAGGUUUGAAAAUAUUGAUGGACAAAGGAAAAAUGAACUUCCCAAUGACUAUCCAGUGCUUACAUCAGUAAAGGAUGACACAGAUGAUGAAUAUGAGGACAGAGAGAAGAGCAAAAGAGAGGAAGAGGAUAGAGAUCAGAAGGAGACAAAAAAGAGCAACAGAGAGGAGGAUAGAGAUCAAAACGAGAUGGAGGAGAGCAACAGAGAGGAAGAGGAUAUAGAUGAGAGGGAGCUAAAAGAGAGCAACAGAGAGGAAGAGGAUAUAGAUGAGGAGACAAAAGAGAACAACAGAGAGGAAGAUAGAGAUCGAAACAAGAUGGAGGAGAGCAGCAGAGAGGAAGAGUAUAGAGAUGAGGAGACAAAAGAGAACAACAGAGAGGAAGAUAGAGAUCGAAACAAGAUGGAGGAGAGCAACAGAGAGGAAGAGGAUAGAGAUGAGAAGGAGGACAGAGAGCAGAGGAACUUAGAUGAGGAUGACAUUAGUGAUGAACAGGGCAGCGAGAACACUGAAGAUGGGACUCUACAUCCCUUUGACCCUCGAAAUAUUGCAUUCCGCGGGAGCUGGGAAGGGGACAGUGAGAAUGGAAACUUUAACCACUUCAUUAACUGGAAAGCACAAUUUGAUGUGGCCUUAAAGCAACACAUGCAGACUGCACCCAAAAAUGCAAUAUACCUUUCACCCGCAAUUCAGAAUGAGCUUAUUGAAUGUUGUGCAGAGGAAAUCAGAGGGACCCUAAUCAAAAGGAUACAGGCAGCCAGGUACUUCACUGUAUUAGCCGAUGAGUCCUUGGAUAUAAGUGGGACUGAACAGAUGUCCAUAUGUGUCCGUUACGUCAAUGAGGAGGAAGAAAACCUAGAGAUAAAGGAGGAUUUUCUCGGUUUCUGUCCCUUGCCCAAACAAGAUGCAGCAACAAUAACCUCAGCCAUUCUCAAUCAGCUGACAAAGUGGGGUCUUCAGACAACUUUCCUAAGGGGUCAGGGCUAUGAUGGGGCCUCUACAAUGAGUGGCAAAGUGAGUGGGGUACAAAAGAGAAUCAAGGAACUGUACCCCAGGGCAGUGUACACCCAUUGUAGGAGCCAUGCACUUAAUUUGGUUGUGGUGCAUGGUUGUUCUGAUCUUCCUUUAGUGAGAAACACAAUGUCCAUCAUAGAAAAAAUUGCCGUGUUCUUCUCAGCCACAGGGGCCAGGAAAGAUGCCCUGCGGGCAGAGAGUACAAGAGAAGGGCAACCAAGAACAGCAGGGAUCCCACUUAUGUCAGACACUAGAUGGGGUAGCAGAGCAAACACACUGAGUGCUUUUGUGGAGAAGUUCACUUCUAUACAUUCUGUGUUGGAGACCAUGGAGGCAGAAGUAACUACCACCUCUGGAAAGGCCAGUACUCUCCGGCAUAGUAUUGGGACAUUUGAGACCAUCAUUACAGCUGUAAUAGCCAACAAAGUGCUGGGUUAUAUGCUACCUCUAACCAAACAGCUGCAGUCUACCAACUUGGACAUCAUCACAGCAUACGAGGAGGCAAGAAAUGUACGGCAAGUCAUAGCCAACCAAAGAAAUGAGCAAGGAUUCAGUCCAUGUUUUCAAAAAGCCACAGCAUUGGCCAAUUCAGUUGAUGUGGUCCCAGCAAAGCGUAGAGUGUCUGUAAAACAGAAUUACAGACCAAACAUAUCCACAGAGUCAGUGGAACACCACUAUCGGGUGAAUCUCUUCUAUCCCUUCAUAGAUCACAUAACCAGUGAGCUGGAUGAGAGAUUCUCUGAAAGUAAUGAGCCUGCAUUACUAGCAGCUUACCUGGUACCAAACGCUUUGAAGAAGCUCACAGAAGAAAGAGAGAAAAGACUGGUAAAGUGGUACCAUGAGGACCUACCUUACCCAAACACAGCAGAGCAGGAAAUAGAAUGCUGGAGGCACAAGUUUCUCUCUGUAGAUGGGGUGCUGCCUGCAUCAGCAUUGGAAACUCUGAAAAUCACACAGAUGGCCUUCUUCCCCAACAUCCAAAAGGGGCGACGAGGGACUGAGGACGAGCAGCCACCGGUCAGAGUCGCCGGCCUUUGGAUUGAUGAACUGAUGGUGACGGAUGAGGGUACUAAAGAGCUGGAUGUCACUCCUGUUACCAGCCAGGAACCAGUAUGA